AUGAUAAAGAAGAAGAUUACGUUUCUUAAUAAGAAAUAUUAGCUAAGCUAAUCUGAAGAUGAGAAAACACCAGACACAGCCUUGACUCCACUUUCAAUUAAAGAAUAAAUACAAAGCGAUGAUUCAGAUACUGGUACACCUAGUAAAAUGGCUCUAACUCCCUUAAAAAUGUCUAAAUUCAAAAUUUAACACGAAAAAAGCAAAUCUUCAUUUGCACAUAAUGGCAGGAAUUUAGUUAAUAGAAGAGAUAAACUCGCAGAUCAUCCAUUUAGAUAGUUGAUUUUUGGAUAAAGAACAACUUAGGAGACUCUAAUAAAACAUAUUGAAUAAACAUAAAGAGGAGUUAUUUAUGCCACUAAAUCAUUAAAACCACCAUCAGAGAAAUUUUUAUUGUAAAAGUAAGUGGACAUUCCAUUAAAAGACAAAGAAAAAAAAAUAUUGAUAUUAGAUUUAGAUGAAACACUGAUACAUUCUUGUACAAGCAAAGAGAAAUCUUAAGUCUAAUUAAAAACUGAAGAUGGAUAAUUAGUAUUAUAUAUUGUAAUAUUUUAGCUUAGAUUCAACGUUCGACCAUAUCUAGCAUAUUUUCUUGAUAAUUUAUCUACAUUUUACUAGAUAUUCAUAUUUACAGCCUCUUCACCAUCAUAUGCAUUAGCUUUAGUAGAUUACAUUGAUCCUUUAGAAGAUAAGAUCUUAGGAAUAUUUACUAGAAAUCAUUGUCUCGAAACAAAGAAUGGUUACUUUAUAAAGGAUCUUCGUAUUCUUAGAGAUGUUGAUUUAAAAAACAUUAUAAUUGUUGACAAUUUAACUCAUUCUUUUGGAUUUUAAUUAGAGAAUGGUAUACCAAUUUUAGAAUGGACAGAUGAUGAAAAAGAUUAAGAAUUAAAAUAUUUAGUCGACUAUUUAAUUGAGGCCAGUUAAUAUGAUGAUGUUAGAGAAUUUAAUAGAGAGAAACUCAAAUUACAUGACCUUAUUGAUUAUAUUUUAUGA